AUGAUCAUCGUCCUGUCGCUAGACGCCCAGAAUAACGCCGACAGCGGCGACAUGACGAAGGAAAGCAAUGUUCACCACCGGAUGGCGGCUAUCGCGCAGGGGCUCGUCAUCGCGGUGGUCGGCGGCCCGCCCUGCGAGACCUGGUGCCCCGCGCGCUGGCUGGAGGACAGGCGGGGUGGCAGACAAUCGCGGCCCCUCCGCGCGAGGAGCCGCCGACGGGGCGCGGCCGGCCUCGCCAAGCAGGAGAGGGAGCAGGUGAGGCUGGGCAACGCGAUGAGACGAGCCUUCUGCCUGCUGAUGAUGGCCGCCUGGCCGAGAGGGGUGCCCUGCAUCAUGGAGCAUCCCGCGAUCGCCCCGUGGCGUCCGCAGAGCACUGCCUCCUGGGAGACGCCCGGGCCGCGCUGGAUCAGGAGCCUUGAGGCCAUCGACUACUUGGAGAUCGACCAGUGCUGCCUCGGGGCCGAGGCCAAGAAGCCCACAGGGCUGCUGGCCGCCAGCCUGCCGCAGUUUCGGGUGCUGGCCGCUGCCGCCCCCGGGCGGCCACGCGGCGGCGGUAGGUGCUCCAGUGCGGCGCUCCCCUGCGGGGGCUGGGGCUGGGAGCGCCGCGCCCCGGCGGGCAGCAAGCGGCAGGAGGUCAGCAGGGUCCUUCAUAUCGUUCGGAGGCACGUGACGAGCAACCUCGGCUACGUGCCCAACUAUUACGACUACAGAGUCAUGGAGGAGACGACGCGAAUUGGCUCGAGCACCAAUGUAACGAAGGACGCCGCAGCCUGCGGCAAUAAUGCGGACGGCCAGUGCGACGUGCCGGCGCUGGAGGGAGGCGUGACCUACACGCACGUCGCCGCGGGUUGGUACCACACGGUCCUGCUCCAGAGCGACAAAGCGGUCGCAACCUGCGGCGACAAUGCGUACGGCCAGUGCGACGUGCCGGCGCUGGAGGGAGGCGUGGCUUACACGCACGUCGCCGCGGGUGGGUGCAACACGGUCCUGCUCCGGAGCGACAAAGCGGUCGCAGCCUGCGGCAAUAAUGCGUUCGGCCAUUGCGACGUGCCGGCGCUGGAGGGAGGCGUGACUUAUACCGCGUGCCUGUUUGGAGUUAAGUUGCUCCUGCAGGCAUCAUUCGAAGGCGGUUCAUUGCGCUUCCUGACUUUGGGCGGAGUGGAACGCUGCCGACUCUUGGCUGCUCCUGGUGCUCUGCUCGCAGAUGUGCACCGCCAGCUGCUGGCCGAGCAUGCCGCAGGGAGGCUGGGCCCUGGAUUUGACCGUGUCGACGUCGUCCUGCCAGAGAG